CUAAAGUUACAGAAACAUUCUACAACUUAUUCUUAUAAAAAGAAAACAAGAAAAAGCAGAUUUCUGAAAAAGGAAAAAGCGGUAGCAUUUAUUUCCCGCGCCUUUCACGCCAACUGACGUCUGUCACGCAAUUUUUGCUUAUCGCUCAUGAAUAUCUCAACAGUUUUAGACGACUCAGCCAUUUAUUUGACUUCGUCGCCAAAGUAUCGUCCUUCUGCUAACGAAGCUUACACAUCUAUUAAUUCCAAAACGGUAUGAAGAGAUGGCCAAUCUCUUUGCCUUCGCUCUUGCCGAAAACAGACUGGUUUAUCAGCCGGGUGAAACAAUUUCGGGAAGCUUGCUUCUCAACACGGACAAAGAGCUAAAUUUGAGAAGUAUUCGGGUUGAACUACAAGGAACAGGACACGUACGCAUUCGUUCCGGUAAAGUCACCUACGAGAGGAGAGAGCCAUAUCUGGGUUUUCAGGUAGUCGUACUUGGAAGAGGUGAGAAUUUAACACGUAAACUUUUGUUUCUGACAGUGCGAUUCUUUCGAAGGGAAUGUUCAGAAAGGAAAAUAAUUUGGCACAGAGGAGAACUCGCCUUGUGUCCAACUCGUCACAUGAUAGAAAACUUAUUAGCAUACUCAAGCUUUCGAUCCAUCACGGAAUCUUUUUCGAGUAUAGAGUAUUCUAUCCUGGGAUUUGAAACCUCGUUUACUUUAAAUGUAAUGAUCAUCCAAGUGGCUCGUUCUUCGCAACAGUGUAAGAACACCUCGACCAUAUCCUUUUCGACUCAAACUUCAAAAACAUGAAAAGUCAUUUCAUUAUUUUAAAGACCUCGAUAAUUCGAGCAGCAAUAAGUAUGUAAAGCACUUUCCCAAGAUUCGUUUCACACACGAAAACGCCAGAAAAUAUUGCGUAAAAUAACAACAACCUUGCUAUUUAAUUAUAAAACUUUUGCAUUAAAAUUCAUAUUUAUAUAGGUCGAAUGUCAUUCCCUAAAUCCAAUCGCAUAAAACUUUCUUUCCAUAUAAAGUUGCAUCGGCCUACAAAUCGUGACCGAUCUAUUCCUUCGCAAUCCAGACCAGAGCAUACAAACAUUUCCCAUAUUUCGGGGCACACAAAAAAUUAAAAUCCUCACUGUCACUUUUGUCACUGUAUUAACAUACGGUCUCUCCACGGGGUGCUGCACUUCCCGUUUCUGCUCUGUAAUUGCCCCCGCAGGGAUUUUGCCCAGAAGGCGAAAUCCCGAGGAGGCACUCUAGUAGCCUCCUCUAACCUCUAACCUCCCUAUAAUUUCCCAUAAAUCUCUCCGUAUCAUAAAACAUAAGCGCACGCGGUACAAGUUGUUUUCCUUGCUCGGUUAAUUUUCAGAUUUAUUUCUGGUCGCCAAAGACAUCAUUAAGCCUUAUGAAGGAACAAAUCUCACGAUUGACAAAGUCUGCCGUCGUCCAAUAUCUCAGCGUAUUUCGUCUCAUUUUGGCUUAGCGGGUGAAACACUGAUCUCGGGCUUGAGACCGAAGGGUAUCAUAUUGUGAGCUUUGAUGUGGGUGGCGACGAGUCUGUGGCCUCAAAAGGUAGUUUUUAGGAGUCAAAUCUGUUUGGCGAGAGCAAAAUUGAUGCUGAUUUCUGAUCAGGUCGGAGACUUUUGUGUCCCUUUCAAAACGGCUCGUCUACAUCCGCGGGGAUCUUGAAUAUAUCCACUGUAUCAGCAAAGUUUACAUGUGAUGAUUUAUGAGGAGAAAGCGAGAGUAAUUUGAUGAUAUUUCGCUCGUAUUAAGUAUGGAAAUUGUGCCUGGUUAGCCGGCUAAUCCUUAUCCUUUUCAGGUCCUCAGAGCGGUAACGAUGUAAGACUUUUACCCGGCAAUUACGCUUUUCCAUUCCAAUUUCCCCUGCCUCCACACAGUUUGCCAACAUCGUUUGAGGGUCCGUACGGUAGCGUCAGAUACUGGCUUCAGGCAGUAGUGGAUCGACCCUGGAGAACAAAUCUCCAGAUUACCAGCCCACUGUGUAUUGUGGAGCGUGUGCAGAUUAGAGACCCUGCGUUAAUGGUAAGUCUAAGAAAUCACAAUUUUGAAAAGUGUGAUAAGCUGCGUUAAUUUGUGACCGUCAGUUCGGAAUUUUAUAUCCCGAAUAGAGUAACGCGGAGCUAAACAUAACCACACAAAACUUGAUUGGAUCAACUGAACAAACACUGAAAACUAAUAAAAAAUAUAACAACGAAUUAAGAGAAGGAAUUUAGAGGUGUAGGAUUCUGGGUAGACUGCUUGACGUUACGUUACAAUGAGGGAUUGGGUCGAGACGAGAAAAGACGUGCUUAAUUGGUUAAUUAAAUUCCCUUGACAGCUUCGUUUUCCCCAGACAGAACAAGAGAGUUAGCAGUCUCUUAUUUUUUCUUCUCGGCCUCACACCCUCGUUUAUCGCGCCUUGCCGCUCGCGUGCUGGGGUUUUUCACGUGCAGUAACUUUGCAAAGAAAAAAAAUAAGAGACUACUCGCAGUCUAGAUUUUGGGUGAAGGGACAAAAACGGGCACAAAUUGGGCUUUUCCGAACAUCACCAUGAAUACUCUCUAGUGGUGGAUCUGGGGCAGAGUCCGGUGAUUUCGUGAGCCACCCCCACCCCCACCCUAUGUUCCAAAUGCAUCCGUAUACCCAAAGGAUUUUUAGGGAUUUACUGUGUGCUUUAGACCGGGCCAAAUACUCCGGAACCAAAGUGUAUCAAACGGUUUUCUAUGUCCUCGAACUUUCGACGGACCUAUAAAGGUAGCUAGUAGUUUCGGAUGAGACGAAAAAUUCACCUGAAACUUUCUAGACGACCAAAGUUCGCCUAAGACAUAGUUGUUUGGCAGCUUCAAAUUAACUAACGUCUUUCAUUUUUUUAAAAAAAUUACCAAGUGCAGUUUCACCGAUAUCUACUGAGCCAUCUAUUGUCCGAUCUUAUCCUCAUGACAGUAGAUACCUUCAUAAGGUGCUAUGAUCAUGAUAAGUAAUGCAAAAGAGUAUAUUGCGGGAUAUCCUGGAUGCUAGCCUCCCACAUAGGCUCGAUUACCAGCCGCUGUUCGGGAAAAUGAGCCCGCACUCAUCCCCCGAAAGUCUCUUUUCGGGGAGGAUCAAAGACCGGACCCGGGAGACGGCGGAAAUCGAGCCUACCUCCCACACAGACGCCCGACGUUCUUAUUGGGUCGUCACGCAUUCCUCUCCCACGAACGUUUGUUGGGGAGAAUUACAUGACAAGACAAAAGAGCUUCUGCAUGUGAGGCUACCUGGGUGCUAGGGUCGGGAGCGUGGACGAAUUUUUUCAUCCAAAGUAUUUCGAGAACGGACGUUGACUCAAGGUUAAUAGUCUGAAGUCAGGACAAUCGUGGGAGAGUGAUUACUGAAUAAACUGUGAGUCGAUUUUUUGUCUCAUGGCGUAUCAAUGUAAAAGAGAGCCGGAUCUUAUGUACUCAUUAAGAAACCUAACUAGUGACAGAUGUUUCAUCUAUUUUUCGUUCCAGGAACCAUGUGUAAAAAAUGACGACCGAAUGCUUGGCUGGGUUUGCUGUCCCUCUGGCCAGCUGUAUGCAACAGCCCGUAUUGACCGUAGUGCUUAUUGUCCGGGCCAAGAGGUCAGGAUAACUGGUCAUGUCAGUAACCAGAGCGGCAAACAGGUUAUUGGUACUGAAGUGCAGCUUUUACAAAAAGCUUUGUAUAAGGCGCCUCAUGGUAAGUUCGUAAGGGAGGAUAUGAAGAAGCAACAGUCAGAAAAAGACAUUGUCGGAUUGUACAGUGUUUAUUUUAUGUAUAUUCUGGUAAUUUGAUAUUGAUGGGUAGAGCCAGAGGCACUGAUCUCUACUGCGUAGCAAAGCAAAAUCUCUCAACUGGUACAAUAUUAAUUUGAUGCCAUAACUAACAAGUUGUUAUAGCUUCCAAUAAACCGCCACUCAUACUUGAAGAUCUGAAUCUGCCACUCAGGCCAAAAUCUUGUAUGAGCUGAAUACAUGCUUUAUCUCGACUAACUGCAUUAACUUUGUUUGUUUUAGAUACCACGCGCACAGUUACAGAGAAGAUUUACGUUUUAACAAACGAACAGGGAUUUGCCCCCGGGGAGGACGGCGAUGUUCACUUUGAUGCUUUUUCCAUUCCUUCCGUUCAGCCAACAACGGAGGGGUUUGGCUGCAUUGACAUAUCUUACAGAAUAAAGGUACGUGAAACCACAGGAAUUACAUAAAAGAAAAAUUCAGCUGACUUUUUCAGAAGGUUUAGGAAGACUGAGCAGUAGCUUAGUUUUGCUCAGAAUUCAGGUAUCGUUUGGGCUACAACAACAAGCAAUGAUUGGUUAAUGGUUGGUUUUGGGUACCCUGGAAUUAUGGGGUUAUUUUCUGAACAACAUGUAGUGUCGCAUCGGUGCAAGGUCAUUCCUCUGAAAUGAACCUGCAGUGAGAAUUUUGUCAAACUUUACCGAUUGGUUGCCUACGUUAUGGGAACUAAAAUUUGGAAAUAAUAUUGGUGAGUUUCUAUACUCCUUUAGAAGCAGCGGCUACUUGUAUAUACGCCCGGGGUAUACGCAAUAAUUCCUUAAAAUAACAGUAUGAUUAUAUCUGAUUUUUUUUUCUGCAUGCACUGAGAUUAGUGUAUAUUUAUUUUAGAGAAAGAAAGUUGCUCAUCUUAAAAGAAAAGAAAUGAGUUAUAGGUCACCAUACUCGUUUUAAGAGAGAAAAUGAGCAGAGUAGUUGAAUAAAAUUAAGUGUUGUUUGAUUACAUUUGGAUAUCCUUGACCAAUCAGGUCCUAACACGGGUACUCAAACGAUCCUAAGAGUCGUUCCUUUAAAAGCCUGCACCCUGCAUUCUCCUCCAAGUUUCUGGCUUGGUGAAUAGAAGAAUCUGUGAAUGUUGAAGGGACAGAAAACGGAAAUGACUUUGGUCACUUGUAGUCUUGGACCCUGUCCACACGCAUCACUAUUCGUUUGAAAACGCAACUUUGUUUCUCCGUUUUCAAAAAAUCCGCGUCCACUCGUAGCGUUUUCGCAUCGUUUUCGCCCGUCCACACGUAUACGAUGAAUCGAUUUGAAAACGAUAACUUACCCGACUGCGCAUGCUUGACGCAUACGUGUUAAAAGACAAGAAAGGGAAGCGCCCGUCCGCCAUCUUGAAUAAGUUUCUAAUAUUGCGCGGAGUGGAAUGAAACUGAUAGUGUGACCUCAGCGUUUUCGAAAAGUUCCGUUUUCGUUUGUCCAGACGCACACGCAAAAACAUCGUUUUCAAACAGUUCCACUCUGGAGAGCGUUUUCGAAAAGUUCCGUUUUCAUUGAUCAUUUUCAUCGGAUACGUACGGACGGAAGCCGUAUCCGUAAAGAAAAAGUAGCGUUUUCAAAUGAAAACGGAUACAUGUGGACGGGGCGUUAGUUAUUGCUUUAAUUAAAGGAUAAUCACAAGCCCCAGAAACAUUUCAAAGGAAAAAGGAAAGAGCUAUUACUGUAAAUAAGCGUUAUAUAGACAUCAAAGUGUCAGUGUGGAGCUUUUAAUUCAUAUUUAUAUCAACUCUGUUCUCAGUUUAAAGUGCGUGUAGCAAGAGCUUUCAACACAGAAAUAGAAUUCCCAGUAAUAAUAACCACAGUGCCUCCUAGUGCCCAACCCUCCAUUGAACAAGUUCUUAGUCAUCAGAUCUACAGCGCUCUCGCUAAUUACCUGGCGUCACGUGUAUCCGCCGAGUUGGCCAGUGAUGAAGCUGCAGACGAGGAGACCGAGACAGGAAUGGGCCGAGUUGCGCUGGAUGGAUCAGCAGCGUCAAAUUUUCCUGGUAGGUUUGCAUACAAAAAAGAAACAAUGAACACUUUCAUUCAUAAUUUGCCAUUAUCGUCUUUAAGAUGGAAAGCUCUUUAUUUUCAGUUGUCUAGAAUAAACAAAGUCGAUCGCAAUUUCCUGUAUUGGCAAAUCAGUUUAUCACUUGUUUGCCCCUUGAGAAAUCACGUGACAUUGCCUCUAUCCCAUCUGUCAUUAAGCGCGUGCAAAGACGGUGGUUAUCGUGAAUAAGGUCUAUUGUAAGGCUUGGUGACUAUAUAGUUUUCUCUGAACAGGACCUGUUCACAGAUUAUUUUGAACGUUGUUUUCAAUUUUUUCUCGUUUUUACACAGGUUCUCGACCAGCUCCUGCCGUUCCCUUACACAGCAGCACUAGGAAUGCUCCAGCAAACGGCAAGCCUUACCAAUAUUCAAAGAUAGAAGUGUGACAUAUCUAUCUUUGUACGAUCUCACUUUGCCUCCCAUGAGAAUGGAAGUAGACACUUCCAUGCAAAGGGGGAGGGAGAACAUAUGGAAAUGUACAUUGUAAAAUGCAAUAACACAGGGGCACCCAACGACGGUUUCCCCCUAAAUGCAUUGAAAACACUUUCUAGGCUAUCCAGAGUACUUUCAGAUCUCUAAAAAUGUAUUCUAAGUUGCGCUAAAAAGUUUUUAUCUGUUCGGUCAUCCUUGGGCAUUUUGAGUCUUUUCGAAAUUAAAAGGACUUCAGUAUUAUUUUCCCGAAAAUUGUAGCUGCUAUUUAAAGUUUUACGAAAGUGCGAAUUUUUCUGAUUCCUCUCUACAUCGCAUUUUCGAUUCCGAAAAUUCCAGGUUCUUUUCUCUACGGAAAGUAGCUUAACCUGGGGAGUGAAAUGGGAAAUAUUAAACUUCAGAAAAUCGUAUAGGGAAUUUGUUCGAUAUAAGCUUCGAAAAUUGUACAUGAAGGGAACGUUCAUGUGGAAGUUUUUAGUCUUCUUAAAGCCAUAGAAAAUUCUAGGCAAUUUUUGCUCCUCCGAACAGAUAUAUUUUACAGAAAACAGUUGUCGGGUGCCCCUGUUCAGACCACCAAGAACAGGAUCCUCAGUCCCCCUAAAUUCAAAAUUGCUGCAGAACUAAAAAGAAUUAAGGAAAUAAGCUCCAUGCCGAAGCUAUAUUUUCAAAUGUGUAGAGCGAACUGUAGUGUGUCGAGUUAAAUACUUUCAAGGGUGUUCAUCCCUCACCAGGUUUAAGAGGUAAGCAGGGGUACAACAAAACUUUCGAAGCAGCCCAUUCAUAUUUAAAGCCUGGUCCUUACUGAGAUUAGUGUGGUUCUGGAUCGGGCCACGGUAAAACCACGGGAGUGGACGUUUUUGAAAAUAAAUAUCAUAUUGAC